UGUCACCACAGUUGUCUCCAAACUUUUUAGGUUAUGUUUAUUGAAAACAUCAAAAGUAUAAACCUUGUUAUUAAUUACCAUUGUUUUAUAGCUUUAAAGCAUUAUUAUAAAUAAAAAUAGUAUUGGGAUAAUCACCUUUCGAAAAUGAAUCCUAUGACUAAUGUGAAGAAUGUUUUGAAAUUGAGUGAGCGUGAAUUAUCUGGUAAAUCAAAGACUUCGUGGCAUGAUCAGUAUAAAGAUAGUGCGUGGAUAUUUGUAGGAGGUCUGCCGUAUGAUCUCACCGAAGGCGAUGUUAUUUGCGUAUUUUCGCAAUAUGGUGAAAUUGUCAACAUAAACUUGGUCCGUGAUAAAGAGACUGGAAAAUCCAAGGGAUAUGCAUUCAUAUGCUUUGAAGAUCAGCGCUCAACAAUACUUUCUGUCGACAACUUAAAUGGGAUCAAAAUUUUGGGACGCACAAUUCGUGUAGACCACUGUGAGCAGUACCGUGCUCCAAAUGCAGAUAUGUCCAAAAUUGAUGAAGUGACUGCAGCUGUGAGAAUUCAGGGCUGUGCACCUGUCCCUAUAAAGCCCGAACCAGUAGUGAAACAGGAGAAAGAAAAAGGUACCAAGAGGAAGAAAAAGGAAAAGAAAAGCAAGAAAAAAAAGAAAAAAAGAAGCAAAAGUACAGACUCAGACUCUAAUUCUAGUGAUUAGUAAAUUGUUAACUUAUAAAUAAAAUAAAACUUAAGUGCACUUUUUAUGAAA